AUGUCCUCCAGAUCUCCUUCCCCUCCAAGGAGAACGGUUAUCAAUGGCGGUAAGACAGAAGAUGGCGUUGAUGCGCAGGUAGAAGAACUGAUUAAGAUGCGUAAUCAAAAAUUGAUUGAAUUAUACUGCGUUUCGAGAAUGAGUGAACUGCUUGAUAUUACAGAUGAAGCAGCCCUUAAGAGUGAACUAAGCUCAUUUCUUGCACAAAACGAUAUUAAAAAGGGAACAAGAUUCCAGGCAGGUACGCUGCCGAAAUAUGAGCCAGUGGAACAAGUAAAAAAAUCAGCACCAGAAAUCAAAAAAUCUCUUCCUACUAAGGAGAAAGCAUCAUCCGUCAGUGUACCGAGUAAUAACACUGGAAUGCAACAAUUGCAAGUGCCGAACAGCAACAACAAUAACAACAACAGUAACAACAACGGCGAUACCACUAAUAAUAAGAGAUCUUUACCUGAUUUACAUGACUCUCAUGAAAAGAGGGUAAAAUUAAAUCCUGAAAGAGCUUCUCCUCUCUCAUCUGCUCCGCCAGCAUCACGGCUGCCGCAUCCGAUGUACUACAUGGAUCUUAACAUUCCUCCAGCGGAGCCUACUCCUGUGGAACCAUCACAUAAGUACCAAAAUCGGCUGAUUGACGAAGUUACAAGGAAACCAGUGGAAGAAGGAGAUUUUUUUCAUGAGAAUAAUAUCAACAGUAAGGAAUCCGUUUAUUUGUUAACUAAAGAUAUCGUCCCAUCCAAAGUGGCUCAAGCAUUACCCUUGGCGGAAUUGAAAUACAUGGUGCAGACUUUGCCUCUAAUUAAACUUAUUCCCAUGGCACAUAAGGCUUUGACGACUGAUAUUAUGAAUAAUGCAUUAAAUGAAGGAAGAAUUACCGUGGUGAGCUCUAGAAUAGAGGAGUUGAGACGAUUAGGACUUUGGUCUCUUCGGCAACCAAAGCCAUUUCUAGAUCCCUGGGAAAAUGAACCUUCUCAUCAUAGGACAUUAAUGGCCGAAGCUAAAUGGAUGCAAGCUGAUUUUAAAGAAGGUCAAGCUUACAAAAUUGCAGUUUGCACGACUUUGGCCCAAGCAGUGACAGAUUAUUGGGCUUAUGGAGAUGUGUGCUGCGUAAAAAGAGCACCUGUCAGACAUUUACCUGUAGAUAGUGAUCCAACAGAAUCGCAUGGAACACAAGAAGGUCCCCAAACGGUUGAUGAGAACAAUUCUAAGAUCGAUCAAUCACAACUUAUUGAUGAGAAAUCACCAAAUGAAAAGGAUGACGAACCCACAACUGCGAUGCGAGAGACCACUGAAGGACCUGAUUUGGUCCAAAGUGCGGACGCAUCCACGGAGAAUGAUCCCCAUGGAAUUAUGAAGGAUGCUGAUUGUGAGAAUAAGGAUAACCAAUUUCUAUUGUCUAAGCCGGAUUUCUCUGAUGAAAUUACUAAGGAAUCUCACAAUGAGGCCAGUGGUGUUAAAAGUGGUUUACAAAAAUCAAUGGUAGAUCCUUACAAAUUGACCCUUUCCUUUGAUGAAUUAAAGCCGCUAGAGCGAACGAUGUUACAGAAUGUUCCUUUAUAUACGGGAACGGAUCCUGGGGACAUAAGUAAAGGGAAUCUUCCAUUCGUGCCAAUUUCUAAGUCGAUGGUCACACUUGAAGAUGAUCACUACUUAAAGAUAGUGGAAAGGCAGAUAAUGGAUGAGGAGCAAUCGCUGGUACAAUUGAGCAAAAGAAGGGGCAUGUUUUAUGGUAAUAGAAGGAGUCACUAUCUGAAGCCACCGCCAGCGCCGUCUUUACGGUACCUACAAAAUAGGACGCCUACCAUUUGGCUCCCUGAAGAUGAUCAAGAAUUGGUGAAAAACAUCAACGCCUAUGCAUACAACUGGGAAUUGAUUAGUGCACAUAUGAACUCUAGAACUAGUAUGUCGUAUGUCUCAAACAUUGAACGUAGGACCCCUUGGCAAUGUUUUGAAAGGUUUGUUCAAUUAAAUGAAAAAUUCAGCUUUAAUGAUCUGAAAGGACCUCGAGCUCAUAGCGUACAGCAGUGGUUGAUAGAGGCACAUAAGUUUCAACAACGACAAAACAGGAGGAUAUCUCCUCUUGGUGUGGGUCCCGAAUCCAUUCAAAGGGGUCAUAGGAGAUUGCGUUGGGCAAGCAUGUUUGAAGCCAUGCGCAAGUGCAUUAAGAAACGUGAAAAUGCUCCACGUCCAAACCCAACUCAACCUAGAAAGCCAUUGGAUUGUAAAAACAUGAAAGUUCCCACACCUGCUGAAAUGUCCCAAUUAAAGGCUCAAAGGGACGAAGCCCUACGUAGAGACAUUCAAAUGAGAAGAAGCUUUAAAAACCGGGCACAACAUCAACAGUUCCAACAGCAUAAACAACAACUUCCACAUCAAGGUGGCCCGACAACUCCAAACAUAGGUGCUAUGAGAACGGCUUCUCGUGUGAAUACGAGUUCAAGUGAGACUCGUUCCAAUUCCGGCAGUACUCCGCAGGCGGCAAAGACACCAACAAGUAGACAGGCACUUAUGCAAGGCGCACCUUUACAAAGAAAAUUCACAGAACGUGAUAUAAUUGAAGGUUAUUCGAGAAAAAUUUUGGCACAAAAGCCAGAAAUUUCAUUGGAAACGGCCAUGAGAGCCGCUCAGAGUUAUUACAGAUCUCUAAUGGCAAGACAACAACAACAACAGCAACAACAACAGCAACAACAACAGCAACAACAACAGCAACAACAACAACAGCAGCAACAACAACAAGGGCAACAACAACAAGGGCAACAACAAGGGCAAGAACAAGAACAAGAACAAGAAGAACAACAAGAGCAGCGACAGGAGCAGCAACCAAAACCGGAACAAAAGCAGUCGCCCUUACAACAGUAUACAUUGCCACACGAGGAGAAAUCUUCUAAAGACCCAAGUAAUUCUCCCAAUACAAAUAGUAACAAGAGUCAUUCUGACUCAAAUAGUAAAAUUAAAUCACCCACUCCGCAAGAGAUUCUACAAAGGUAUCAAAAAUAA